UGAUUUCAUCGAUUUUGACAUCUCAGGACGUAAAAAAUUGUUUUCCCUUGUUAUUUUCCCUAUAAUUCACAAUAUUCUGGUGUUUAGAGUGCAAAAAAACGUGAAGAUAUCACAGGAGAUUCCAGUGAAGCCUUGCAUGAUCAAAUUCAGUAGUCAAUUAGUGAACAAAUAGAGGAAGAAGAAUGUUUUGUUGAUUGUUGACAUUGUACAAGGGAGACAAAAUGGGUGCAAAUAUCUCCCAGCUUGAGCGUGAUAUUGGAUCUGAUCAAUUUCCACCAAAUGAACACUACUUUGGACUAGUUAACUUCGGCAACACAUGCUACAGCAACUCUGUGCUGCAGGCGCUCUACUUUUGCCGUCCGUUCCGCGAGAAGGUGCUGGAGUACAAGGCGAAGAACAAACGCACGAAGGAGACGCUCCUCUCCUGCCUGGCGGACCUGUUCUACAGCAUCGCCACGCAGAAGAAGAAGGUCGGCAGCAUCGCACCCAAGAAGUUCAUCGCGCGUCUGCGAAAGGAGAAGGAGGAGUUUGACAACUACAUGCAGCAGGACGCGCAUGAGUUCCUCAACUUCCUCAUCAACCACAUCAAUGAAAUCAUCCUGGCGGAGCGGAAUCAACACAAGGGCAAGCCUGUGAGCAACAGCGAGUCUCCGCCUGAGCCGACGUGGGUCCACGAGAUAUUCCAGGGAAUCCUCACCAGUGAGACGCGGUGCCUCAACUGCGAGACCGUGAGCAGCAAGGACGAGAACUUCUUCGAUCUGCAAGUGGACGUGGACCAGAACACCAGCAUCACGCACUGCCUCAAGUGCUUUAGCAACACCGAGACGCUGUGCAGCGAUAACAAGUUCAAGUGUGACAACUGCUGCAGCUACCAGGAGGCGCAGAAGCGGAUGCGAGUGAAGAAGCUACCGAUGAUCCUGGCUCUGCACCUCAAGCGGUUCAAGUACAUGGAGCAAUACAACAGGCACAUCAAAGUGUCCCACAGGGUGGUUUUCCCUCUCGAGCUCAGACUCUUCAAUACGUCCGACGACGCGCUGAAUCCUGACCGACUAUACGACUUAAUGGCGGUCGUAAUUCACUGUGGAUCCGGACCAAAUCGCGGCCACUACAUUUCCAUCGUCAAGAGCCACGGGUUUUGGCUCCUUUUUGAUGACGACAUGGUUGAUAAAAUCGAGGCGUGCACCAUUGAGGACUUCUACGGACUGCCCACGUCUGACAUUCAGAAAUCCUCAGAAACCGGCUACAUUCUCUUCUAUCAGUCGCGCGAUUGCCUCUGAGCCACAGAAUUCUCCCUUCUAUCUCUAAUAUUUAUUGCAAGAACAUCCUAAUUUAUUUUAUUGUCCUCUCACGC